GCUUUCCGUAGCCCGACGCGCCUGCGUGUGGAUUCUCUCUCUCUUUGGCCAGUCAGAAGUUUGAAACAGUGACCCUGUGAAGCUGAAUUAACUGGAUGUGUUAUUACCGUCACCAUGAAGUCAAGAUUCAACACCGUGGAUAUCAGAGCUGUCAUUGCGGAGCUCAGUAGCAGCUUGCUUGGAAUGAGAGUGAACAACGUCUACGAUAUAGACACCAAGACUUACCUCAUCCGACUGCAAAAGCCGGACUCCAAAGCUGUUCUUCUGCUUGAGUCUGGGAUCAGGAUUCACACGACAGAGUUCGAAUGGCCCAAGAACAUGAUGCCUUCAGGCUUUGCCAUGAAAUGCCGCAAGCACCUGAAGUCCCGCCGACUGGUGUGUGUGAAGCAGCUGGGAGUCGACCGCAUCGUUGACUUUCAGUUCGGCUCAGACGAAGCUGCCUAUCACCUGAUUGUUGAGCUGUACGACAGGGGGAAUAUCGUUCUCACAGACCACGAGUACACCAUUCUGAACCUGCUGAGGUUUCGAACAGCAGAGGCAGAAGACGUGAAGAUUGCUGUGAGGGAGCGCUACCCUGUGGAAAACGCCAAAGCAGCCCAGCCUCUGAUGAGCCUGGGGAGGCUUACAGAAAUAUUGUCGAAUGCACCGCAGGGUGAACAGCUCAAGAGGAUCCUUAAUCCACAUCUUCCGUACGGCUCCACUUUAAUUGAACACUGCCUGAUUGGAGCUGGGUUCUCUGGCUUUGUCAAGAUAGAUGCCCAGUUUGACAUCUCUCAAGAGGGGCGGAAGGUACUGGCUGCUCUGCAGAAGGCAGAGGAGUUCAUGGAGAGCACUGCUGACUUUCAAGGAAAGGGCUAUAUAAUACAGAAACGGGAGAAGAAGCCCAGUUUGGACCUGGACAAGCCUCCUGAAGAACUGCUCACGUAUGAGGAGUUCCACCCAUUUUAUUUUGCACAGCAUUCGAAGAGCCCAUGUGUGGAGUUUGACUCUUUUGACAAGGCCGUCGAUGAAUUUUACUCCAAAAUGGAAAGCCAGAAGAUCGACGUGAAGGCUCUUCAUCAGGAGAAGCAGGCCUUGAGAAAGCUGGACAAUGUCCGCAAGGAUCACAUGCAAAGACUAGACUCCCUUCACCAGGCCCAGGAAGUGGACAGGCUGAAGGGGGAGCUGGUGGAGAUGAACCUCGACAUGGUGGACAGGGCCAUCCAGGUGGUGCGCAGCGCUCUGGCCAAUCAGGUGGACUGGGCUGAGAUCGGCCUCAUCGUGAAGGAGGCGCAGGAGCAGGGAGACCCCGUCGCAUGUGCCGUCAAGGAACUCAAGCUGGACACCAACCACAUCUCCAUGCUGCUCCAGAACCCGUACGGAGCCUCAGAGGAAGAGGAGGAGGAGGGCGAGGAAACAGAGGAGCCGAAAGGCAAGAAGAAGAAGAACAAGAACAGGCAGCCGAAGAACAAAGUUCAGAAGAACAGGCCUGUGCUGGUGGACAUCGACCUCAGCCUGUCUGCCUAUGCCAACGCCAAGAAAUACUAUGAUCAUAAACGCCAUGCGGCCAAGAAACAACAGAAGACCGUUGAAGCUGCAGAAAAGGCUUUCAAGUCUGCGGAGAAGAAGACCAAACAGACCCUUAAAGAAGUCCAGACAGUUAUCACUAUCCAGAAAGCAAGAAAAGUAUAUUGGUUUGAAAAGUUUCUGUGGUUUAUCAGCUCAGAGAAUUAUCUCGUAAUAGCAGGAAGAGACCAGCAGCAGAACGAGAUGAUUGUCAAGAGAUACCUGAGAGCAGGUGAUAUUUACGUGCAUGCUGAUCUCCACGGAGCCACGAGCUGUGUCAUCAAAAACCAUUCCGGAGAACCGAUCCCCCCUCGCACUCUGACAGAGGCCGGGACCAUGGCGGUCUGUUACAGCGCUGCCUGGGACGCGAAGGUCAUCACCAGCGCCUGGUGGGUCCACCAUCACCAGGUGUCCAAAACCGCACCCACUGGGGAGUACCUGACCACUGGAAGCUUCAUGAUCAGAGGUAAAAAGAACUUCCUCCCUCCCUCCUAUCUCAUGAUGGGAUUUGGCUUCCUGUUCAAGGUUGACGAGCCCUGUGUGUGGAGACACAGAGGAGAGAGGAAAGUGAGAGCUGUGGAAGAAGACAUGGAGACCGUGACCAGCACUAACACUGACCUGCUGUCGGAAGACACCGAGCUGCUAGGAGACGACAGCAGCAACGAGGGGGAGGAAGAGAGGAGUGGAGAUGGAGAGGAGAGGCAGGCAAGGGACCCGGAGGAGACGGGAGAGAACUCCACAGAGGAAUCCGAUACAGAGGGAGAGGAGGGGGAGGAGAGCAGCCCCUCGGAGCAGGGAGCAGUGCCUGGGCUCGAGGGGCAGGAGAGCAGCCCCUCGGAGCAGGGAGCAGCGCCCGGGCCCCAGGAGGAGAAGGAGAAGGAGGAGGGGGAGGGAGCAGACAACGCUGCUCAUGUGAAUCAGGAAGAGAAAGGAGAGGAGUUCAGCUACCCAGACACCACUAUCACCCUGUCGCAUCUCCAGCCUUUGAGGCCUAUUUCAGUAGCUUCUCAAACUUGUAAAGAUGACCCUGCAAGCCAGAAUGAUGGCACGGCACAGGGAAGGAAACGUGUGUCCGCAAAGCAGAGAAGAGAAAUGAAAAAGCAGAAUGAUUUUGAUGAUGCGGAGGAAGCAGAGAAAGAGAAGAAGGAGAAGAAGAGUAAGAAACCCUCAGCAGUCAAUCCGGACAGUCAGGAAACCUCCAGAACCAGCACAUCCCAGCCGGCUGUGAAACGAGGCCAGAAGAACAAACUGAAGAAAAUCAAAGAGAAGUACAAGGAUCAGGAUGAGGAAGACCGGGAGCUUCGGAUGAAGCUCUUGGGGUCUGCAGUGUCGAAUAAAGAAGAGAAAGUUAAGAAAGGAAAAAAAGGAAAAUCGAAAGAGGAGCAGGUUAAAAAAAGCAUGCAGAAACCCAAAGCGAGCCAGCAGGGGAGCGCUGGGAGGAAACCAGUUCAGAUACUAGUGGAGGAGGUGGCCAAGGAGAUGCAAGAGGUGGCUCUGGAGGGCGUGGCUCAGGAACCGGACGACAAGGAUGUUGAAGAUCAAGAUCUGGAGCCACAAGGACCAGAGGAAGGGGAGAACCUGCUCGACUCUCUGACAGGCCAGCCUCACCCAGAGGAUGUGCUGCUGUUCGCCGUGCCUGUGUGUUCACCCUAUACAGCACUCACUAACUACAAGUACAAGGUGAAACUUACCCCUGGAACUCAGAAGAAAGGAAAAGCUGCUAGAACCGCUGUGCACAGCUUCAUGCACGCCAGAGACGCUACACCAAGAGAAAAAGAUCUGUUCCGCAGUGUGAAGGAUACGGAUUUAUCCCGAAAUAUAGCUGGAAAAGUGAAAGUGUCGGCGCCUAACCUGCUGGCAGCAAAAAAGAAAUGAAUCUGCUUGUUUGGUUUCCUAAACCUGCUGGGGACUGCUGUCAAAAAAAGACUUUAAAGUGAAAAAAUAAUACCGCACACCUGAAGUGUAGGAAUUGAAUAGACUGUAAAACUAAUAUCGCUCGAUUUACAAGGUACUCUACGCUGUUUCACCCCCACAAAAAAAGGCAAAAUACACAGUAUGACUGCUGUUCUUAAACGUUUUAUUUUAAUACAGAUUUCUACAACAAA